AUGGUUGAAUGUGAUACUGGUGUGCCAUGUGCAGUAGACGGCUCUUGGUGUCCAUGGUCAAGCACAGUAGUAAAGUGUUCUGCGGUCUGCGGUGACAGUGGAAUGGGAUUGCGAAUUCGGCUGUGCGCCUGUCCCUCUCCUGCCCACGGUGGCAAAAGAUGCUCUCCUCCUCCAGGAGCCAAGGAGGCUGCAAUGCUUGCUCAAUCCCACCUCCAAGCUGCUGCAACUCAUAAAGGUGUCAAUGAUAGUAAAGAGGGUGAUGAUGAAGACUUGCCUAUACCAUCUGCUGCAGACAUUGCAGCAAUUGCAGAUGGCUCAGGGAAGUGGGAUGCCUGCAACCGGAACUUCUGCCCCUAUCUCAGACGUCUGACCGACUAUGAGGUGAAUAUUACAGUCGACGACCUGCAGCAUCAACGCCCUGAGGAUGCAUGGGUGUGGUCAGGCGGUUUACCUGGCAGUCGCCAUGAUCCCGUGGGUCUGCAUUGCUCUCCUCAGCUCCGAUCCCGAAUCGAAGUUUACGAUAAGCGAUAUCGUUUUCCUCGCGCUCGUGCAAUGUGGACUCGUAGCAUCGGUAAAUCUGAGUACCAGGCGUACGACUUUGUUGGCACACCACUGCGUGAUAACCUACGAUUGCACAUAUCGAGAGAUAUGCUUAUUAUACGAAGUCUAGACGAAGCUGACGAAGGCAUCUAUCGAUUCGGAUAUGAGUAUGAACCUCUACAGUUCUCCACAAUAUGUUUUUUCGCCGUCUAUUUGUCGGAUAAGGUGGUGGUGAUAGAAAGUGGCAAACCUUUUACACUCACUUGCAACGCUAAAGGACUAUGGCCUAUUAUUCAACAAACUCCUAAUGAUAAUUGGAAAACUUUCUGGGCGUAUCGUCCAGACAAAAAAGCUACAGCACUCGGCACAAAACCGAUCGAGAAGCUUUGGACGGCAGAUUUAAAGCCCCCUCGCGUCGUAGAAGAGGGGGACAUUUUAGCGAAUAUGAGUGAAGGAAGCAUGGUCAUGACUCUUUUUGACACUGACACAAGACAACUUGAUGCUGUGGCAUAUUCCAUGAGUGGCUACUACCAGUGUAUUGUUCAAAAUGUACCUAAGGGUCUAGGUGAGCAUAAUUUUGUCACAAAUGCCAUUCACUUGGUUGUAGUUUCACCUCCGACUCUGACUGAAAAGCUGAGAAAAUUUAUUACUAAAAACUGGAAAGCUAUUGUCGCUCUUUUAAUUGUGCUCAUGGUUGUCAUAUUGGUUUACAUGUUGCUGAUCAGACUAAGAGCCAGACGUGUGGCUAGCUUGAGAACUUGGGAGGCCCUCCAGGAGGAGAAAAAGCGGGCAAAGAUGAUUACAGCAGGAGAAAUUAAAGUCAAAACUAAAGAUUUAUAA